CUGUGGAACUGUCGCCUUAUAGGUGCGCCUCUGAUAGUACCUGCAGAGACUCCUGUCGUGAAGGAGGAAAAGAGCGUCGAUAAGGCAGAGGUUACGGUCGAGUCAAAAGAACAAGAUUCUCCCAUAUUGGAGGACGUCCAGGCAGCUCUCGAGAAGGAAUUGCCGAAACGAGCUGUAAUAUUUUCACCUCCUGAACGUUAUGCUUAUGCGAAACAGCUCGAUCCUGAAUCGUGCCAUGCGGAGUACAAGUCUUUGAAGCAGAAUAUGGCUAAAAAGUAUCCCUUCGAGCUGGAUGCGUUCCAGCAGGCUGCAGUUGUUUGCAUGGAGAAAGGAGAAUCAGUUUUUGUUGCCGCUCAUACUUCAGCUGGUAAAACGGUAGUGGCUGAGUAUGCAGUGGCUUUGUGCGAACACCACAAGACUCGGGCCAUUUACACCUCGCCGAUAAAGGCACUAUCAAAUCAGAAAUUUCGAGAUUUCAAGAUGAUGUUCACCGAUGUCGGUCUCGUUACUGGUGAUAUCCAAUUGUUCCCUGAAGCCUUCUGUCUCAUAAUGACCACGGAAAUUUUGAGAUCUAUGCUCUACAAUGGUUCUGAGGUUAUUCGCGACCUGGAAUGGGUGGUGUUCGAUGAAGUUCACUACAUCAACAAUGCUGAGAGAGGGCAUGUGUGGGAAGAGGUAUGA